ACGUUGCUAGUUCUGUUUUGUGCUGUCAGUAGCGAUCGAGAUGCCUGAGCCGGCGAAAUCUGCUCCCGCGCCUAAGAAGGGCUCUAAGAAAGCGGUGACUAAGACCCAGAAGAAAGGGGACAAGAAGCGCCGUAAGACCAGGAAGGAGAGUUACUCUAUCUACGUCUACAAGGUGCUGAAGCAAGUUCACCCCGACACCGGUAUCUCCUCUAAGGCCAUGGGCAUCAUGAAUUCCUUCGUCAAUGAUAUCUUCGAGCGCAUUGCUGGCGAGGCGUCCCGCCUGGCGCAUUAUAACAAGCGCUCCACCAUCACCUCCCGGGAGAUCCAGACCGCCGUUCGCCUGCUGCUGCCUGGGGAGCUGGCCAAACACGCCGUGUCUGAGGGCACCAAGGCUGUGACCAAGUACACCAGCUCUAAGUAACCGCUCUAUGUUCUCUAAGAGACUUCCACUAUGAACCCAAAGGCUCUUUUAAGAGCCACCCACUUUCUCCAUGAGAGAGCUGAGAUAUAGGUGAUCAUCUAAAAUGCAUUGAUCCUAUUUUUUAUAGGAGAACUAACAUGUAUAAGAUGCUUCUGAGGAAUGACAACUUUUGUGAAAAACUAAUUGUCCCAGGGUUUGAUACAUAAUGGAAAAUAGAUGCUUACCUAAAACUAUUAACUUUAGAAUAUUUAGGUAAAAAAUCUUUUGUCCCAUUAAUGUCUACUAUUCAGCAAUGGCAUCUGAACACCUUUAUGUUUAAACAAUAUAAAAUAUCAAUUUCUAUAAAGUACUAAUAAGUGGGGUUUUUUUAGUUAAUUUUCCCUAAUAAAAAUUUUCUUAACAUCUGCAUC